AUGUCCGAUGCCGAUCUGAUUAAUCGUGUUAAGCAGAAAUCGACUCAAAAAGCAGUUAUUAUCACUACUAGAGAAGAUUAUGAAGCAAUUAUCAUGGGGAUUAAACCGCGUCAGCGAAAUUAUCAGCUAUCAAAGAAUGCAACGUCAGAUAAAUCCAUUGCAAUUUUAACAUGUGCUUUAUCGAAAUUGACUAAAGUGUCUACUGAUUGGUUUUUACAGAUUAUUAUGAAUCGCAAACCGCCCGUGUGGCCUAUCCCUACGUAUUAUAGAAUCCAAUGA